CGGGGCUCCGCGUUUGUUUGUGUGGAGCCGAGAGCCGCGUUGUCCGGAAGAGCCCACGGCGGAGAGACGAGCUUCUAAGGAUGCUGGCGAAGGGCCACAUGUACCCUGCAGUACUGCUUCUGCUGCUGAAGGGGGCGACAGAGCCAAGAUGCGCCGAAGCAGAAAUUAGCGCCGGUUUACGCUUUCUGGUGGUUUUUCCUGAGAACAUCGCCUACUAUUACCCCGAGGAUCCUCAAAACCAGGUGCACGUGACAGCUCUGUAUGACAAUACGGAAGUCACGGUGGCUUUCCAGGAUCAAAUCCGCACGGAGACUCUGGACGCAGCUCAGACGCGCCGCUUCUUAUUCUCCCGCACGGCCGAGCUCAGACGGGAGAACGUCGCCGACAAGGUGGUCCGGGUGAACAGCACCCGCCGGGUCACAGUCCACGCCAUCAGUCUAAAGGCGGGCAGCGUGCAGAGUGCGAGGGUCGUUCCCGUGGACGCCCUGGGCACCGAGUACCUCGUCCCGCCGAUUCCCGAAAUCCAGGGUACCACCCGACCCGCCGACGUGGUCAACUCCAAUGUGACCGAGCGCGCCCCCUUCAGGCUCAUUCUGGUCAAUGCGGAAAAAGUCAACAAAGUCAGCCUGGAAGGAGAAGACGGCCUCACCGGGGAGGAGGAGUUGGAGCCUCAUCACGCCGCUCAGUUCUGGCUGGACGCCGACAACGCUUGGAGGGUGGUGAGGGCACAACACCCGGUGGCGGCUCUCUUCGGGCACCCGUGCGCCGCCACACGGAACUGCAGCUGCUCUAUGCUGUACGUCACGCUGAGCCCCAAACCGCGUGACAAGAUGGCCUUCUUGGUCCCGCCGAUGCCGUACCAAAAUGCGGAGGAACUAAUCUCGGUACUCCUUUCCGAGGAGUUACAUGAGAACUCUUCCUUGGUGGACUCGUCAUACCCGGGCUGGCCUGUCCUGGAGCUCCCCGGUCCCGCCAUCCUCCACCGUCCCGGCCUGCUUCUGCCGCUCAUCCCGCAGUCGGAGUUGGCUUCCUGCUUCGUGGUCAACGCCAUACCGGACAUGCGCAACUUUGCCAUAAUCCUGGUCCGCAAGGACCUCACCGGGGGAGUCCGCGUGGGCGGCGGCCCACCGGAGGACCCCGUCUGGCUACCGCUCACGGGGUCUGACUUCGUCUCCACGUUGGUGAACCUGACCGUGGACAACAACGCCAUAUGGCACACCUCCAACAAGAUGGCCGUGUACUAUGUGGGACAAAAUGGUGACGUUCUUUUUGGGAACCCGGCACCCGCUGUUAGUCAAACCUCAGAUUACAGAGGCUGCGUCCUGUUGCCUGAUGUUUUGGAAUUUGGCUCCGAGGCUCUAGGGUGGCAGGAGUCCGUCAAGUUCUGCCGAGACCGGAAUUUCCAUCUGGUCAGCUUGUCCUCCCUCCCGCUCCGAAACCACGUGCAGGCCAAAAUCCGACAGGAGUACACCGGGGAUGACGCACCGAGGCGGGCUUGGAUCGGAUUGCGUCGCAGCACGCUUACCGGCGCAUGGUACUGGCUCAACAAAGUGGCGGUCACGGUCAGCAACUGGGUCGAGACCGAGAGCACUCCUAGGGGCAGGUGUGGGGCCAUCAAUCUGGAGCCGGGUGAGGACUUUGGCUGGAGCCGUGAGGACUGCUGCCAGGACAUCCAUCCCAUCUGCUACCGAGGACCACACUGCUUCCCCGUGCAGUAGAUGCUAAAAAAUUAGCAUGGCUAACAAUACAAGUAACAUGUAGCCCUUAGAAAGGUAGCCCUAUUGCUAAGCUAACACUGCGAAUAAUACAGUCCUGAAAUGUUUUCACACAGGAGUGAAGCACUUACAUAAAGUCCUGAAAUAUUUUCAUGCACAUUUAUGAAAUCAUCUCCAAAACAGACUACUGUAUUGAUCGCUUACACAUCAUUAAAACACAUACUAGUAAAACACUGUCACAUGUGUCCUACUGAAACUCACGCGCUAAUGAAAACAAAUUCACAAGCACUGCUAAAGCA